AUAUAGUCUUGAUAAGUGUGUUUAUUUUGACAAUAUAUUGGUAUCUACUGUCUGUCGGAUUAGAUAUGGAACAUGAAAUCAGAUAGAUAACAGAAAAGUGUCACCCAAAGCCAUUACCCUAGUACAUGUAUAGAAGAAUUACAUCCGGACGUAAAGAAAAGAAUUUUAGUGCUCGUUGAUAAUGAGUGUCCAUAAUAUUUAUACAGGCAGGAAGCGCGUGAACAGCUGCCAUCUUCACAAACCUCGUAAGAAAAUUCGGAAAAGACGAGAAAGAGAUACCUUAGCAGACGCCAUAAAAUCCUGCAUUCCUAAUCUAACAGCCGAUGUUAAAGUGGACGAGAUUGAAGAUAGCGCUAUUGAGAAUGGAUGUCUUACAGAGGAUGACCGUAGGCUGAUAUACAAAAGUGAUGACAGAAAAAGGCAAGUGCGGUCAGUCGUGCUCAUCAUAACUAACAGAAGUUACGAAACAAUGAUCAAAUUUCUUGAUGCUCUUAAAGUUGCUUACCCCUACCUUUCGAAACAAAUAUGGCACCAUUAUGAGACAGGUCUUAGGUUGAGACCGAAGCAUAUAAUUUCCAGACGAUGCCCAGUUUGUCAGUUGAAGAACAGCGUUGAUGUGGAGAUUAUCAUAGACGAGUUAUUCAGCAAGAAUGUCAUAAAUCAGCAGCUUUAUGGAAGUAUAAAUUCAAGUAACAAAAGUGUCGGCCAACAAGAUGACUUAUGGGAAGCUGUUCUUGAGUCAUGCUGGAACCAACAAAAUGGAGCUGAGUUUUUGCUUGAAUUACUAGAUGGAACAGGACAUUACUCGCACAUUACCAGUAGUCUACGGAAACUGUUUAAAAAUAAUAAUUGCUUACAAAGUUUCUGUACAUGCUCAAGCUAUAAUUUGGCCAAAACACCUUGUCCAAUCAAAAAUAGGACAUUUUCAAAUGAUAGCAACACGUCAUACUAUCCACGAGAAAGUUCAGAGUCUAUGACAAGCAGCGAUUUGGACCUCGCGAGUGAGCUAGAGAUUUGCCAUAGGUCUUCCGUUUCUACCCGAGAACAAGCAGAUACGCACCAUUCUUCAGAAAUAACAGUAGAGAAAAGCACAUGUGCUAUACGUGACCCGCUAAACGCCUGCAUGCAUCACCGAAGUUCAGUCGCAGAGGUAAAUAAACGCAAAAUCGCUUUUCCCGAUGCAUCGGUUACCCUUCGCCCGGGUACCAUUCAAAUUUCAACUACCGAAAACGUCAAAAAGGAAUAUGUGCGCAUGUUAUCGUCACCAAUGUCUGGUAACCCAACAAAUUUAAUUUCUGACUCAAGGAAACCCAAACGGUUUAAAAGUAUCGUGAAUUCUGCAUUGGUAAAAUUGAGGGUAGUUAAAAGAUUCAUGCAUAAAGGCCACCCCGAAGGAUUAUUAAAGAACAAUACACCAGAUCUCGAAAGUGUAUGUGAAACAGAACUGUAAACCACAGUUUAUGAAUAAAUUAUUAACCGUGGUAACGUUUUAAAAAGCAAACUACUCUUCAGUGAAUUCUUGUUGACAGACAACUAUAAAUACAUAUUUUUUUUGUAUUAUAAGGUCAUCAUAUUUUCAAUUAUUGAUAGCCACUUUGUUACGUGUUAUAUAACUCAAGACAUGAUUUGCUUUAAGAUUUGUGUUAAUGGCUCAAGUGUUGUGUUUAAGCAGCUGUCGAGUCCAUUAAACAAGACAAUCAUUUCAACAUUCACCUUAGAUGCAAGAUGACUGACGCUUUAUUACAAUAUAUCUUUAAAAGUGCUAUGUAGCUUCCACAGUGAUUUGGACUGGCAUUACAUUUUCCAUUGUUGCGGAAGAAUUUUUAAGCGAAAUAAAAAUCUGGCGUCGGACAAAGACACUUUUCCUUGGUUUAACGUACAUGAAUUAUAGGAAAAUCAUUAUCCAUCGUAUAUAUUAGGUAUACAGGCAAACAGCUUAAAAAAUUAACAUUGGAAAUUAAGGUAGUUCAAAUAAAUAUGUGUGAUUGUUUUUCAUUCUAGCACUUGUAUAUCGAGGGUUUAGCGCAAGACUGUAGUAACUGUAUAUUUGUAAAUU